AUGUUCCGAUACACGACACUUACAAUUCUUCUGGUUUCCCAAGUCGCUUCUGGAUUCACCCUUCAACUUCCCGUCCCAUCUCGUGCCCCAGGCUUUCGAUUCCCUCUCACUUGGCCCCUCCAAAGCAUGGCUGAAAAGGUCUUGGAAGCUCCCAAAUGGCCAGCUGAAUGGCCUUAUUCCGAACAAGAUUUUUCUCGAAUGGAUGAAAGUAGCGAUGCCAUCUUUUACGACACUCCUCGCUUGUGCUAUCACAUUGAUGACGCUGCCGUCUCGGCAUUGACCAAGUUUUAUGAGGAAGCCUUGGAGGAAGGCGACGACGUACUUGACAUAUGUAGCAGCUGGGUCUCCCAUUAUCCCAAGGAAUUCAAGGGUGGAAACGUUGUUGGUUUGGGCAUGAAUGAUUACGAACUGAGUGAGAAUCCCCAAUUGUCGUCAUAUGUAGUCAAGGAUUUGAACGAAGACCCUGUCUUUCCAUUCGAGGAUGCUUCCUUUGACAAGGUGACCUGUGUGGUUUCGAUCGAUUAUUUGAAUAAGCCUUUGGAAGUCGUCAAGGAAAUUGGACGUGUUUUGAGACCGGGUGGCAAGUGCAUCCUUUCUAUGAGUAACCGAUGCUUUCCUACAAAGGCCUUCCAAAUCUGGCUACAAACCAAUGAUUUGGAACACAUCUUCAUCGCAGGAAGUUUCUUUCACUACUCUGGCAUGUUUGACCCACCAUCCUGCAAAGAUAUCUCUCCUAACCCAGGCAUGACUGAUCCUCUCUUCAUUGUCCAAGCAGCCAGAAAAGCAGACUAG